AUGGCCACUUCUCAAUCCACCACCAGCAGAGCAACCCCAGCGCAAACCGAAGCCCGCACAGCAAUCCUAACAACCCUCCGCACCCUCGGCACAACCCACCACGACACCCACACCCAGCAACUAGCCCACGACCUGCACGCCAACAGCGCCGCCAUAGCAAAACAGGAGGCCGCCCUUGCCUCGCACACCGCCGCGUUGGCGAAAGAGAGUGCCGCGUGCGAGCGCGAGGUCGCCAGGAUGACGGAGGGGUUGAAGGGGUUUGGGGAUUUGCAGCAUUGGGUGGAGGUGCUGGAGAGGGAGUUUUGUGUGCUGGAGGAGACGUUGAGGCUUGCUGAGGGGGGUGGUGGGGAGGGGGAGGGGGAGAGUGCUAGUGGGGGGAGUCGGUGGCGAGAGGAGGAAAGGUGA